AGUUAACAGCUAACUUAUUAACUUCCACGCUUCAAAUGAACAAGUCAAGCGAAAUGAAAUGACCUUUCAAAGUUUGACCCGUGUGUUCUAACUAAUUCCUCCUGCACUGGUGUACCACCAUCUUAAAAGGGGGACAUGGACAGUCUGGAUCCAGAACGGCAUCUCCAUCCCAGUUGUCCUGGCAAAAAAACAAUCUCUAGUGAUUCAUCGGAAAUGAAUGAGCUUGUAGAACAACCUCUCCAGGGUCUGAAAUUGGCAUCACAUGUAGUACUAGAGAAAGCACAGCAAAGGGGCAGGUUGAAGUGCUCAAAAUGUGGAGGAUCAAGGAUGUUUUUCUGCUACACAUGCUGUUCAUUAGUUGGUGUCAGCCAGGAAGAAAUCCCCUCAAUCAAGCUCCCUUUAAAGAUAGACAUCAUCAAGCACCCCAAUGAGACAGAUGGGAAGAGUACUGCUGUCCAUGCCAAGAUCCUUGCACCCAGUGAUGUCACCAUUUACACUUACCCCUGCAUACCUGAAUUUGAAAGGGACAGAGUGGUGUUGGUGUUUCCUGGUCCAGGAUCAGUCACAAUGCAAGACAUGAUGCAGACUUUGCACGUCAAGACUGACACGGCACAGGACUGUCCUGAUGAGCCUUUCCCAAAGAGGCUAAAGAGAGAAGAAACACCAGGGGCCACACAUGUUGCGCAGGACCAGGGGUCAAAGACCUCAGAUGAGCCUAAGAGCUCAGAGUCAAGGGUUUGUCCCCUUGAGAGGGUGGUCUUCAUCGACAGCACAUGGAACCAGACCAACCGGAUCAUCACAGAUGAGAGACUUCAAGCUUUGCUCCAGGUAGAGCUGAAGAUGAGGAAAACAUGUUUCUGGCGCCACCAAAAGGGCAAGCCAGAGACCUACCUGGCAACUAUUGAAGCAAUCUACUACUUCCUAAAGGACUACCAUGAGCAGUGCCUGACUCAAGAGUACCAUGGAGAAUAUGAUAACCUCCUCUUCUUCUACACCUAUCUGCACUCACUCAUCACCAAAGCAAAGACUUCUGCUGGAAAACUCUGAGGAAUGCUUUGAGGAAAGACAGAGCAACAGUGAAUGAUGAUCACCAUGAGCCCCUGCCAAAGUGUUGACAUAUCUGAAAGAUGUUGUGGUUAUUUUUACCAUUUAGAGGAUGGAUAUUUUAGUUUUGAAGGCUACUGUGACACC